AGUAGUCCAUGUCAUGCCCACCCACAUCGGCCUUAAAAUUGGCGGGAAAGCUCCGAUGCCAUCACUCUCGCGACUCGAGCCCUCGACACACUCCCGUCUAUCUUCUCUCUGCCACCGCGCUAUCACAAUAUUUCUCUUCGGCCCUUCCAGUCCCUCGCAAUGGAAUCAAUUCUGAAGCAUAAUUUUGGUUAUUCCCAGUUUCGUCCAUCUCAGAAGGAGAUCAUACAGAAAGUUCUAGAGGGAACAGAUUGCUUGGUGGUUAUGGCUACUGGAGGUGGAAAAUCGCUAUGCUACCAGGUUCCUCCUCUUGUGACUGGAAAGACUGCGGUAGUCAUAAGCCCUCUUCUAUCCUUGAUGCAAGAUCAGGUCAUGGCUCUUAAACAACGUGGUAUAAAAGCUGAGCAUCUUGGAAGUAGUCAAACAGAUAAGGAUGCUUAUUCUCAAGCUGAGAGGGGCGUUUUUGAUGUACUAUACAUGACUCCUGAGAAGGCUUGCUUGCUUCCCACAAGAUUUUGGAGUAACCUGCUGAAUUCUGGGAUCUGCUUGUUAGCUGUCGAUGAAGCACACUGCAUAUCAGAAUGGGGUCAUGAUUUCAGGCAGGAAUAUAAGCAAUUGGACAUGUUGCGCGGUGUUCUUCUAAAAGUGCCUUUCAUGGGUUUAACUGCUACAGCCACUGAGAAGGUGCGGAAUGACAUUGUUCAGUCCUUGAAAAUGACCGAUCCUUUUAUCUCUAUUGGAUCAUUUGAUCGCAAGAACCUCUUCUAUGGUGUUAAGCCUUAUCAUCGUUCUCAGUUAUUUAUGGAUGAACUUGUAAAAGAAGUUUCAAAAUAUAACGUUAGUGGUGGUUCAGUUAUCAUUUACUGUACAACAGUGAAGGACACCGAACAGAUUUGCCAAUUACUAUGUGGUUCUGGAAUAACUGCCGGGAUGUACCAUGGUCAAAUGGGCAGUAAAGCUCGUGAGAAGUCACACAGGUCCUUUAUUAGGGAUGAGGUUAACGUCAUGGUAGCUACUAUUGCAUUUGGCAUGGGUAUCGAUAAACCGAAUAUCAGGUGUGUUAUACACUAUGGCUGCCCUAAAAGUUUGGAGUCAUAUUACCAAGAGAGUGGAAGGUGUGGUAGGGAUGGCUUAGCUUCAGUUUGUUGGCUAUAUUAUUCAAGAAGCGAUUUUGCAAAAGCGGAUUUUUAUGUUGCAGAUGUACGAUCGGAAAAACAACGGAAAGCUAUCAUGGAGUCCCUGAUGGCAGCAGAAAAAUACUGCCUGCUAGUUUCAUGCCGCAGGCGGUUUUUGUUACAGUAUUUUGGUGAGAAGAGGGAGAGUGAUUGUGGUAACUGUGAUAAUUGCACUAGGGAUAAAAGGGAAAGAGAUCUAUCAAAGGAAUCCUUUUUAUUGCUAUUCUGCAUAAAAUCUUGUGGCGGUCGGUGGGGCCUCAAUAUGCCAAUUGAUGUUCUUCGUGGAUCUCGGUCAAGGAAGAUAGUUGAUAAUAAAUUUGACAAGCUUCCUAUGCACGGACAUGGAAAAGACUAUACUAGUGCUUGGUGGAAAUCAUUGGCUGGCCUUCUUAUUGCUCAUGGUUAUUUAAAAGAAAUUGCUGAUGAUGUUUAUAGGAAAGUAAGUGUUAGCCCGAUUGGACUGCAAUAUCUCCACUCCGCCAACUUUGAUGAUCAACCACCUCUAAUUUUAGCAUUGAGUAAUGAGAUGAUUGUUGAGGAAGAUCAUGGGCAGAUCAAUGUUGAAAACAUUGAAAGUUCAAUUUCUCUAGAAGGAGAAAGAUUUUCUGAGGCUGAGAAAAAGUUUUACGAUAUACUUUUGCAUAUGAGAAUGGAACUUGCCAAAGAAAAUGGAACCGCCCCCUAUGCUAUAUGUGGUGAUCAGACACUCAUUAAGAUUGCAAAGAUAAGGCCGUCUACCAGGGCUAGGUUGGCGAAUAUUGAAGGUGUUAACCAGCAUCUUGUAAGUAUGUAUGGUGACAAGUUUCUUCAAACUAUAAGUAACGCAUCACAAGAGCUUGAUCUGACCCUGAAUAAAGAAGAAAAUGCAGUAACUACUACUAGAAAGGUUUAUCCAAGCUCAGAGAAAAACCUAAACCCAGCCAAGUUUGAAGCUUGGAAAAUGUGGCAAAUGGGUAAAAAUUCAUUGAAAGAAGUUUCUAGUUUAGGGAGGUCGGUUCCAAUUAAAGAACAGACUGUCAUUUCAUAUAUCCUUGAAGCUGCCCAAACUGGUUGUGAAGUGGAUUGGGUUAGAUUUUGCAGUGAGAUUGGUCUGACACUUGAAAUUGUUUCUCAAAUACGCUCUGCUGUCUCUAAAAUUGGAUCAAGGGACCGAUUGAAGCCAAUCAAAGAGGAACUAACAGAAAAUGUGAGUUAUGAACAUAUUAAGACUUUCGUAAUGAUGGAAGACCUCAACAUAUCAGCAGAUGAAGUUUUUGGCUGCAAGCCCUCAUUGCUUAGUAAUACUUCAACAAAACCAUCAAAUGACGCCAAUUCAGAAUGGGGAUCCUUAGUCAGAGGAAGAGCUGAGUCCAAAUCAAGUCCUGAAGCUGUCAAUGCAAGAAAACAAAAUCGAAGCCACAACACAGAUCAUGAAUCUCCUGCAAAGAAACUCCACGCCCCCCCAACCGACGAAAAUGAAAACUUAAACAAUGGAUUGGAAGCAACUCAGGACUCCAUCAUGGAGUUGAUUAAUAACAGUGAUGGGAUAUCGCUGUCAGAAAUUAAAAACUUCUUCAGAGGAUCUAAGGCCGAUGAUGUUGUUGAUUUGCUGAAUUGUUUAGAGACCGAGUUUCUCAUAUUUAAAAAGAACGAUUUGUACCGGGCCUUGUAAGUGUCACACAUAGCUUUAUUGAAAUUUUGAGCUCUGAAUUCCUCUGUAUAUAAUAUAUUUAAUUUUUUGAAGGAACUUUAUAUAGUGCUGCCAAUGAGUUCAUCUAUUCGAUUCUA